UCAUGGUCCACACCGUGUCACUGACCGGAUCAGCACGCGCUCCUGCUGCGCGAGCUUUAAACCCUCCGGAGAGAACACAAGCCUGAAACAAAGGUCAGACUCUUCACCCAGGAGGUCCAGGUCAGACUCUUCACCCAGGAGGUCCAGAGUAAACCAGGCUGAAUUUGAAAUUGCUCUGAUUCUGUGACUCAUGUCACGCCCAGGUCCAGGUCCAGGUCUGGAUCUUGAGUCAAUCAGAGCUGCAGUCUGAAUCGAUGGGUCGCUCUCGAUCGGGUAGUCCAGCUCAAAGUCACUCGUCCUCUGGUGGUCCUCCUGCAGACGUCUGAAGCAGCAGCUCUGACUGAGCAGAGAAACUUCAGCUGCACACAAGAAGAAGAAGAAGGAGGAGGAGAAGGAAAUGGCUGACUCGACCAGCAGUUGCUCUGACUCUUCAUCAUCAUCAUCGUCAUCACUCAGAGAAUUCACUCAUUCAGUCUCACAGCUCAUCCAAUGGAAAGAACCCAAGAAGACAGCGGCGGUGUUUGGCUUGUCAUUACUGGUUCUUGUCUCAGUGGCAACACUGUCUGUCAUCAGUGUGGUGUCCUACCUGCUGCUCACCUGUCUCUGUGUCACCAUCACUUUCAGGGUUUAUAAAUCAGUGAUCCAGGCUGUCCAGAAAUCAGACGAAGGUCAUCCAUUCAGGUCUCUGUUGGAGAGGGACAUCUCUGUGUCAUCAGAGUCCGUUCGGUUGCUGGCUGAUCGGGCUCUGGUCCACCUGAACUUGUUCAGCAGUCAGACCAGGAGGCUGCUGCUGGUCGAAGACCUGGUGGACUCUCUAAAGCUGGCUGCAGUCAUGUGGAUGAUGACGUACAUUGGCUCUGUCUUUAAUGGUGUCACUAUCCUGAUCCUUGCUGACAUCAUUCUCUUCAGCGCACCACUGAUCUACCAGAAGAAAAAGACACAGAUCGAUCGGUAUAUCGAGUUGGUGCGGUCCAAAGUGGAGGAGUCGCUGCACAAAUUUCAGGACCGUUUACCGGGAGCUGUGAAGAGAACCAAAGCUGAGUGACCACAUGACCUGCCGUCCCCUCUUCUUCUAAUUGGUCCGUUUGUCAGUCACUCGCCUAAUGAAUUUAUUCUGUUGUAAUAAA